UUUAAAUGUGUAGCCUAGUUAUUUCAUUUACUAUACAUAUUCAAACUCAAUACUUUAUAAUGACACUAACUGAUUUAUAAACAGCCGUACAUUGACACAGAAUAUCUGAUAACAAUGAUAAAUAUUAUUACAUCUGAAAUGUACAUGUUUUCACACUGUGCAAUAUAAAUACUCAUAAAAUCAGUAUGAAACCUACUUGUUUUACCACAUCACUAUAAUUUCCUACAUUUGAUGUACUUUAAAAUGUAAUUUGAAAGAAGUGAGUGGAAACAUCUUAAUUAAUACUUAUAUAUGUUAGCCUAUAUAUGUGCGAUAAAGGAAAAGGAAAAUAAUUAAGAAUGCGAGAUCAAAUUCUGGAGUACGAUCCAUCCUAUCUAAUAUAUGGAGGAGGGACGAGUUUUGUUAUCAACGUUAUUAUUUUCCGGUUUGUUAGUCCGUUCCUAUCGAGACGUAUUACGGAAACAUACAGGGACCUGCCGAAUCACGAACAGCAAGAAUGGAACGACAGGUUAAUCUCAAACGUGAACUCUGUGAUAUCUGUACUGUUGUCUGGAUAUUGCCUGUUAUAUGAGGAUGGUUCGAGGGCAGAUGUAUGGUACAACAGUGGUGUAGCCAGAACAGCAUGUGCUGUCAUUGUAGGUUAUAUGUUUGCUGAUAUUUUGUGUAUGAUUUUUUGGUGUAAAAUGAAAAGAGGAGAGUUCCUGGGUUAUGUUUUUCAUCAUGCAGCAACGGUGUAUGCCUACUAUUUUAUUUCGGCAUAUGGGGUGUUAUGCUAUUUUGGAAUGUUUCGACUUAUAGCAGAAGUGUCGACUGUUCCGGUAAAUCAAAGGUGGUAUUUCGACAUAACAGGGUACCCUAGAGCACGUGUUAUAGUGGUUUUAAAUGGAUUUUGCAUGUUGAUCACAUUCUUCAUUUUCCGCAUAGUGGCAAUGCCACUAUACUGGUACCAGAUUUGGAUGGUUACAUACACUGAGGCCGUCUGGAGGCUGGGACACAUACAAUUGAUCAUGUAUAUACCGUGUUUUGUUUUAGAUGUUCUCAAUAUAAUGUGGUUUUAUAAAAUGUUUAAAGGCUUUAUUAAAGCACUAAAAGGAAUUAAAGCACUAAAAGGAAUUCUAAAUGUCAGCGGUCCUGACAGUAAGGAGAAAUUGAAAACUGUAUGAUAGUUAUCUAUUUGAUACAAUUACCUCAGCAUAAUCUUUUGUUUACAUGUGUGCUUGUUCAUUAUAGCCAAAAUAAAUAUGAUGUUUUAAUUAAUUAGUGUUUUUGUCAGGACUGAUAUUGGCAUUAAUCUCUUGAAUAAAUGUGUAUUUUAUACAUGUAUGUAAAUGCAAUAAAUUUGAGAUCAGU